AUGAACCCAACAUUCGUGCGGUCUUUCCAUUCCACAGCGUCGACCAACUUGAGAAGACCUUGGCAGACGUUCAAGGAUGGACAAAUCUGGUACGGAUUCACCAAAAGUGGAUCAAAACGUCAUCCAUUAACCACAAAACAAGGUAACAAGCAUUAUUACAAAGGUACCAGAUCCAGUGGAUAUGGUAAACUCAACAAAAAUGGAACCUAUAUCAUGAACUGGUCAAAGGUACGAACAUACGUUGUGCCCCCAGAUUUGCAAACCUCGGAAUUACGUCCAUUGGUGUCGCCUAAUACUCCACAGCUCUUGCAGCAAUGGGUAGGUUACAGUGACGGACCCAAGAGUGGAGAGUUGGCAUGGCAAAAUAUUGUCAAUUUUGUGGAGCAUGGAGAAAACUACGACUUCCAAGAUGUAGAAAAGAACGAUUAUCGUGAAGUUUUCGAAAACCCAGAUAUCAAGAAAACCGCUAAUGACGAAGAACCAACCUCGGAAAAGCUUUAG